CUGAGCAUUCUCCGAAUACGCAAUGUGUCACACAAUAUACACGGGUACAUGCAACUUGUAAUUUUCGUGUUGAGGUGCAACAACGGAGCAAAUGUCUUCUGCGAAACAUCGAGAAUGGCGGGAUCUUGCGGCAUGGAAAAGUGAAGGUUUGUCGUUAUCAACAACGAGCGAUAGAUCUGCAAAGCUUUUUGAUGCUGCUGUGACUCAGUAUCUCGGCUGGUAUGACGACCCCAAUGUCGGUGGACUCGAAUCUUCGCUUAAAGAGAUGAUGGAAGGGGAUCCCGAUUUCGUUAUGGGACAGGUUUUGUCGAGCGGCCUGGAACUCAUUGGAACUGGGACGAACAUUUGGAAGAACGAUGGUCUGAGGCAGUCCAUUGACCGUAUGGUAAAGUUGGUGGAAAAGCCAGAAACGAUUUUGACCGAUCGCGAGAGAAAGCACGUGACUGCCAUACAAAAUUGGUCGCAAGGUUUUGUCGAAAAAGCUGGCAAUAUUUGGGAAGAUAUCUUGAAUGAAUAUCCGACUGACGUGACUGCCUUGAAGUUUGCUCACGAUUCUUACUUUUAUCUUGGAUAUCAGGAACAAUUACGUGAUUCUAUCGCAAAAGUAAUGCCCCAUUGGAAUGAAACGAUGCCCCUUUACGGAUUUUUAAAUGGAAUGUAUGCGUUCGGAUUGGUGGAGACGAAUUUUUACAACAAGGCGGAAACUUAUGCGAAGAAGGGUCUUCAAAUAAAUCCUUACGACUGCUGGUCGACGCAUGCGCUAUGCCAUGUGAUAGAGAUGGAGGGAAGAAACGACGAAGGAAUUAAGUUUUUGGACGAUACAGAAGAAUAUUGGACAAGAGGUGAAAUGCUCGCCUGUCAUAACUACUGGCAUUGGGCUCUUUACCACAUUGAAAAGGAGGAGUAUGAAACAGCCAUUGACAUUUACGACCAGCAGGUAUCAAAGCGAUGCAAAUCAGGAGCAAUGCUCGAUCUCGUCGAUGGAUCAUCGUUGUUGUACAGACUGGAACUCGAAGGUGUCAAUGUUAAGGACAGGUGGCGGGAAAUGCGCGAGCUUUGGGGUGACAAGCAUGCUGACGAUCAUGUAUUGGUCUUUAAUGACUUGCAUUUACUGAUGUGCACGUUGAGGUCGAAGGACGAAGAAGAAACGAAGAAAAUUAUGCAGUCGUUGAAAGACUACAUGCAGGAACGCGAAGGAAAUAAUCGCGAUGUGUGUGACGAAGUUGGCUUAAAAAUGUGCGAGGCUUUUGAGUACUUUGAUAAGGAAGAUUAUGAGAAGUCCACUGACCUGCUUGCUCCACUUCGAUAUAAGAUCGUGAAAAUUGGUGGAAGUAAUGCUCAGAGAGACAUUUUUAACCAGUUUUUGAUUCAUUCGGCUUUGCGAUCGCCGCGAAAAUCUCACCAGUGCUUUGCAAGAGCUUUGCUCGCGGAACGAAAAGCUUUAAAGAGUAAUUCUCCUUUGACCGACCGACUAAUCUCAAAAGCUAUUGCAGUGCAUUGAUUUGCUCAAAGCAUCGCCUAAUAAAAAUUAUGUAAGCUUUUAACUGGCUACAAACAGCCGAAUAAAAUAAAUUUCACGCUGAAA